CCCUUCAUUUUUUUCCCACGUCAUUUCUCUCACCACCUUUUCCCCAAUUUUUCUCACAACCCACUUCAACUCUACUUCUAAAACCCAUUCCCAAAACCUUUCUUAUUCACCAUAACUUCCAUUCAUCAUCAUCAUGUGUGGCGGUGCCAUCAUCGCUGACUUCAUACCCCGCCGUGGCCGUUGCCUCGCCGCCUCCGAUAUCUGGCCAAGCUCCUUCGGAAAGGACGAUGAUUUCGGCUUCGGUUACUCCCAAACCUCAAACCAACAAACCCCCACUGUCAAAACGGCCCAACCUCCCAAAGUUAGCGAGAAAGUUGAGACGAAGCCAGUGAAAAGGCAGAGGAAGAAUCUCUACAGAGGGAUUCGGCAGCGCCCUUGGGGCAAAUGGGCUGCGGAGAUUCGCGACCCUAGAAAAGGGGUUCGUGUCUGGCUGGGUACCUUCAACACUGCGGAAGAAGCUGCGAGAGCCUAUGAUCGCGAAGCUCGAAAAAUCCGCGGCAAAAAAGCUAAGGUGAAUUUCCCUAACGAGGACGAUGAAUAUUCCAUUCAAGCUCGUAAUCCAAUUCCACCCCUUCCUUUCGCAACCCAAAAACCAACCCCUUAUCAGCAACAGUACCGUUGUGAUCUCAAUAAUGCCCCCACAAAUCUCAACUUCGAGUUCGGUUAUGACCUGAACCACACCGGGGCAUUUUCGUCCCACGUGGACUCUGUCAACGCUGACUCGGUUGUCGCUUCCGGCGACGAAAAUUCAGGGUUAGCGUCGGGUUCAGAGGGCGCUCAUUCGACGAACGAGUUCAUGGGGUCUUGUCAGAAAGUGAACGGUUAUUUCAACGGAGCAGUGAUUGAGAAGGAGAAAGAGAUAGAGGUGAUUGAGGCUGAAGAGGAAAAGAACAAAUUGCAGGAGCUUUCUGAGGAACUGAUGGCUUACGAGAAUUACAUGAAGUUUUAUCAGAUCCCGUACUAUGAUGGACAAUCUACUAUGCCACCGAAUAAUGUUCAGGAAAGUGUUGUCGGGGAUCUCUGGAAUUUCGAUUGACGAGGAGUCAAGGGUUUUUCCUUUCAUGCAUGUGUUUGUUUCUUCGUCAAUACUGUCCAAGAUUUCUUCCCGUUCUGCUGACUAAACUAACAUCUCUGCGUUUUGGCAGGGAUGGACAGAAGUGUAAAUUGGGUGCUUCGGUGGUAGCGGUCUUCAUGAGUUUCCAACUUCUUUUCACCAUCUUAUUAUUAAUUUAUUUAUCUUCUAGUUUUUGUUGAAUUGUAAUUUUGCUUUUGGUGGUAUGUUCAAAUGUGAUUUCACCGGAUCAAUUUCAAAGUGUUUGAAUUUCAAUCAUCAGCUAUUUUUUCUUUUAUCUAUUUAGUUACUUGGUGGUUCUGUUGUAUGCGUUUUCUCAUCAAUACUACUAUUGCGAGAAAGACUAAGAAGAAUUAAAACAUUUUUUUUCAUAAAUUUAAAUUGGUUUAUAAAUGAAUAAAAAUAUGGAAUAUUUAAAAAAAAGUGUUUUGUUUUGGUUUAUUUGUGUAAAAGUUAUUUACAAAAGCUUAUCCGAACAGGACUGAAUGGUGGAAUCUUGGUCCCUUGGAGAACGGUCAACGGCAUGGGAAUUAUAUUGACGAGUAAUUUUAGUUGUGCGGCGAAAAGGCGUGUGGAGAAGCGAUGAUGUUGAGAAAGUUUUGAAAUGGUGAAAGAAUUAAUUGAGAAAAUUUGGAAAUGUUGAGAUUGGUAUAAGAUUGAUUAAGUUUAUUUGGUAAAUAGUUUGGUGGUGUGUAUAUUUAUUAAAUAAGUAAUGAUUGCGUUGUGAUGGAUAGCGUCAUACAGCAUCCUUUGGAUGAUUAAGAGACGCAUGUGGUAAAAAUAAUGUAGUGAAUCCAGUGGCGCAACUGGUUUUGGGAAGUUAGAAGUGGGGCUUGUUUGUUGGAAAAAAGGAAAUAAAAAAUAAAACAGCAGACAGCGGACACAGUGGGCGCGUAUGGUUUGGGGUUAAAAAACCUGUACUUGUGUUUGCUUAGUUGUAUUGUAGUAGUACCACUACUAGUUCCAA